CGGAAACCACCCCGGGUUUUUCUAUACUUGCUGCCGUCACGAGGGUUCCGAGGACUGUUGGUAGGCCAGGCCGUGUCAGCGAUCCCCCUCCUCCCACCCGACCGCCGUCCACAGUCGAGCCGACCGCCGUUCACCUCCAUACUCCGCCAAGUCCAAGCAGGUGGUUUGGCUGAUGGCCGGAGCGGAAGCGGAACCGGUGGGCGGAGAGGCGGCGGUGAUGGGCGUUGCCGAUUCCGCGGCGGCGGAGGCUGCUCCUGUUGUCUCCGAAGUUAACAUGAAUCCCUUGAAAAGGUCACCGGAGCCAUCUGUUGAAGAAGAUGAAGCAGACAGGCAGAAGCGGCAGAAUACAGAGUGUCAAGACUUCACUCCGAGAGGGGUGGACGCGGAACAAAAUAAUUUGGCAUCUGCCAUUUCGAGAAGCAAGACGUCAAUGGUGGAGACUGCUUUCAACAGAGAUUCCAAGGAUCUACUCCCUCAUUUGUCUCCCGUUAAAGACAGAAAUGGAUGUCAUAUAGGCACAGCUGGAGCAACUGUUGAUUCUAGCAUUAGUAUUAUCUCCGAGUACUGUGACAAGCUUCCGAAGGACAAGUAUCACACCACAAGACCAUCAUUUGAGUUUACUCAUCACGAUGAUGGUUUUGUGUGUACAUUAACAUUACCGUCUAGUGAUGUGCUACCGCCUUUGGAGGGUCCAAAAGCAAGAAGCAAGCAGAAAGCAAAACAACUCGUUUGUCUUGAUGCCUGUAAGCAGCUGGACCUGCUAGGAGUGCAUGAUGACUGCCUUUGUCCAUCUCUUAAAGAGCCACCGGUGGAAAUUGUGAACAAAGCAAGUGUUCUCACAUCUAAUGCUGGUGUUGGUACACAAAAACGGAAGGAGCUACAUGGUACAACCCGAGCCUGUGCCUUCUCUGGUACCUGGGCAUCCAAGAGAACUGUUAUUAAGCUUCAAGGCUACAAGUUGAAUUUUUCUUGUGAUCAAGUUGGUCAGAAAUACUCUGAGUUUGUUCUGUUAAUUGAUACAACUAUAGCAAAUGAAGCUGCUAAUCUGGAUAUUAAUCUAUAUCUGCAUGACAAGAUGGUAAAAGCUUCAGUCUCUCCAUGUGGCCUACUUGAGUUAGAUGUUCAACAGAUGGAGCAGGUAAAGCUAUUUCAAGCACUUAUCUUUAAUGGUUUGUUUGGAAAGUUGUUCACUGGAUCAAAAUCAUCUAACUCUUCGAGGGAGUUUAUUCUCAACAAAGACGACAACCUGAUCUGGAAUAAUGCAAAUAUGUAUUUGCUUUUACCUAUGGAUCCUACCCUAGAGUCUCAUGACAGUUUUUGCAUUAACUGGAGAGUGAUUGAUGAAGCUGCUACAGCUGUUAGACUAAUGAGAAAGAUUCAUUCUGAUGGCAAAAUGAACUUACUUGCAAUACUUGAUUUCGAUCAAAUUUAUGGAGAUCUAAUUCAUCUUGCUAACACGUCAUGUGAGGUCCAUACCCUUCGAAAUGUAGCAGUGCUGGCAGUGCACACCGGGAAGAUAUAUACUGCUCUUCAUGUUACUGAUUUAUCUGCCAAUAGCACAUUUGAUGGUGUAUCCAGUAAGAAAGAAUCAGGGUUCAAGACAUUUACAGAAUAUUUUGAAAAGAAGUAUGACAUAGUUCUUCGUCAUCCCUCACAGCCAUUAUUAGUGCUGAAACCCAGUCAUAAUCCUCACAACCUUCUUUCCUCAAAGAUCCGAGAUGAAGGUCCUUGUCCUCCCCUUUGUUAUGGUGAGAACAAAAAUGAUGGCACAACAGAUGUAAUUAAGGUGAACAACCGUGUUCACAUGCCCCCGGAGUUGCUAAUUCCCCUUAAUUUGCCUGAGGACAUUUUGAGAGCAUUUUAUUUGUUCCCAUCUUUGAUGUAUCGUAUGGAGACACUAAUGCUAGCCAGUCAACUAAGAAGUGAAAUUGCAUACGAUUCUAAUAUAUCGAGCUUUCUGAUUCUGGAAGCUAUUACAACACUGCGAUGCUCUGAGGACUUCUCUAUGGAGCGGCUAGAACUAUUGGGAGAUUCUGUGCUGAAGUAUGCAGUGAGUUGUCAUCUUUUCCUGAAAUUUCCUGAUAAGCAUGAAGGUCAAUUGUCAUCCAGUAGGAUUGAUAUAAUAUCUAAUGCGGCGCUUCAUAGGCUUGGAAUUAAACACAAAAUACAGGGUUACAUACGUGAUGCUGCAUUUGAUCCUCGCCGAUGGCUUGCACCAGGACAGCGCACUAAUCGUCCUUUUCAUUGCAAAUGCCCAGUAGAUUAUGAGGUUGUAACUAAGGAUAUUCAUGUCAUUGAUGAAAAACCUACUAUUAAAAUAGGCCAGGCGUGUGAUAAGGGACACAGAUGGAUGUGUUCCAAAACAAUUUCUGAUUGUGUAGAAGCUAUAAUUGGUGCAUAUUAUGUAGGAGGUGGAUUAAGAGCAGCUGUGGCUGUUCUCAGGUGGUUGGGUGUUGAUGCUGAAAUUGAGGAAGAAUUGAUUAUGCAGACCAUCUUGAGUGCAUCUAUGAAGACUUAUGUUCCGAAAAUUGAUCUAGUAGAAGCGCUCGAGGCAAAACUAGGCUAUGCAUUUUCAGUGAAAGGUCUUCUGUUAGAGGCUCUUACCCACCCAUCACAUCAGGAAUCAGAAGAAAGAUACUCCUACGAGCGUCUGGAGUUCCUUGGCGAUGCUGCCUUGGAUAUUCUCUUAACAUGGCAUCUCUUCAGUAGUCAUAAAGACACCGAUGAGGGGGAGUUGACAGAUUUAAGGUCUGCAUCAGUAAACAAUGAAAACUUUGCAAAAGUUGCAGUAAAGCACAAACUCCAUCACUUUCUCCAGCAGUCUUCUGGGAUUUUACUGGACCAAAUUACUGAAUAUGCAAAUAGUCUGGAAAAUUCAUCCAUGGACGAAAUCAACCUUUCAUCGGAUGCUCCAUUAAGGGGGCCUAAAGUUCUAGGUGAUAUUGUAGAAAGUAUUGCAGGUGCAAUUCUUAUAGAUACCAAACUUGAUUUGGAUGUAGUUCGGGGUGUUUUUAAACCUCUUCUUUCCCCUAUCGUCACACCUGAGAACCUGGAGUUGCCUCCAUUUAGAGAGCUUCUCGAAUGGUGCAACAAAAAUGGGUACUUUCUAGGAAUUAAAUGUACAGAUGGAGACAAAAUACAGGCUAUUCUGGAUGUACAACUCGAGGACGUGCUCGUUAUCAGACGAGGUUUUGGCAAGAAUAAAAAAGAUGCUAAAGCCCACGCAGCUUCCAUGUUACUCAAGGACCUCGAGGAAAAAGGGUUUAUAAUAUCAAAGAACGCCAUCAGAACGGAACAAUUUCAGAAGCAAUGUGGUAGUGAAAACAGUUGCUACAACAUGUUUGAUGCCAUGGAUACACAGGUUCUAACACCAUUCUGGGGAAACGAAUCAGCUGGUCCUGUGCUUGAUAAACCAGUGCACGUGGCGGUGAAGACGAGUAAAGGAGGACCUCGCGUAGCGCUGUAUGAGUUCUGCAAAAAGUUACAAUGGCCAGCGCCUAAGUUUGAUUCUGUUAAAGUACUACCAAGUGCGUGUCCCCCAUCCGGUGGUUCCUCGGUGAAAGCUACUCCGACACAAGAGUUCUUCGCUUCAACCAUAACAUUGCAUAUGCCAAAUAGUGAUGUGAUCAGCCUGACAGGAGACGGGUUUGCGGAUAAAAAGAGCUCGCAGGACUCUGCUGCACUGCUCAUGCUCCACGAGCUUCAGCGGCGAGGUAGAUUGCAAGUCCAGGAGAUAUGAUCGAAGUAGCACCGUGAAAGCACUGAUGUAGUGAUUGUUCAUUCUUUUUUACCGGGGAUACUAGUAGUAAAUAUUAUUCCCCAUUGUGUUGGGCAUGUUUGUAGAGUUACGUUGGCUUCUCGUAAAUAUGUCGCAUGAUCGGAAUAACUGGAUGUCAGCUUGUGACGAUACUUGUGAGUGGGAGGAUGCAGAAGUUCAUUGGCAUC